AUGAGGGCGGCGCUGCUUUUCCCCCUGAGCCUGCUAUUCCUCGCAGCGCAUGAUGUCCUGUGCAGCAAAAAGAAGGGAAAGCUACUUGGGAGUUUUCCAAAGAAUAGCAACUUAGUGGAGCACCUCUCCUUUUUGGCGGAGGAAGAAUACAAAACGUUGUUGCAGGAGGUGGACAGCGAAUUAGUAAACAAAAUAAAAAGCAAAGAAAUAGUGACCAAGGAAAAUAUAGCGGCGACUUUAAAGCUGUUAGAUAAAAAGUAUAAAGAAAUUGACGAUGGAGCUAAGAAGAGGGCUAUAGCAAAUGUCAUUGUUGAUAUUAGGGAGGCUCUUCAGAAAAAUGCACCCCAAGUGGAGAAUAACAGCCAAGAUGUGGAAAGCAAAAAAGAGCUAAACAAAAGCAACUUUUUACUUAAACUAGAAAAUACAUACAUUAAGAGGGACUUGGCCAAUUUUAAAAAAAUUACAGAAGACAUAUCUAUAAGGAAAUCCUAUUUGGAUAAAAAAUUUAAAACAUGUGGUAUAUCAAGUGAGCAGUUUUUAUAUGGAGCCCCAGGAAAAAUUAACCUAUCAGAUAGUAGCAUAAGAGAGAUAGAUGACCCUCUGUUCAUUAACAUCGUAAGUAAGGCCGCAUGUCAAGAUGAUUUCUCUUCCAAUAGCGGCUCCUUCCAAUCGAUUAAGCUUAAUAAGUUCCUAGAUCUGUACAAACCUGUUCUCGAUUUCAACCUAGAGCUGCUAGAAAUUGCACUGAAGCAUGAAAUGAAGGCUUAUGAAGACUCAAAGAAGGAGAUUUUCUUCCUCAUUAGGGACCAUUAUAAAAAUUAUGGAGAGGUUAAGAAGUUCCUUUUGAACAUCCCUAUGAGCAAGAUCCCAGAUUCUAAGCCAAAUGAUGAAAUGAAAAAAGAAGUCACCGAAUAUAAUAGGAUCUUUACCUACUCGGGGGGAAUUUCCGAGAGGGGGAACAAACCGACUGAUAGGUACAUCCUUGGUAGACAUGCUAAAGAGCCUGUGUAUAUUCAGCCCAAGAGAUUUAAAAGGAUUAUAAAAAUACCAGUGAAGAAGAAAAAAAAUUUUAUAAAUGAUAAAAUCCAAAUUAAGGUCAAAUCGCCUGUCAAGGUUGGCCAACUCUUCCUUAGGAAGAAAGAAAACCCUGAGCAAGCCAAAAAGAAUAUAUGUGAGUAUCACAUAUUUUUAAACAAGAACCCACAGAAGGAAGACGAGGUAGAAGCCGACGCUGUUGCAGAUGCCUUUGCAGACGCCAUUGUAGAUGCUGAUGGGGGGAAUGUACCAAUGGAACAUAUAACAGUGUCCAGCCCCCUCACAAACGGUAGCAAUAUUUUAAAAAGGAUAACAAUUAGAAAGUUUUUUCGUAAAGAUUCCACUGCCGAUGAAAUAGCAAGAGAUCGUCCACUACCGCUAGAACGUGAAGGACAACCCGCACUACCCUGCCCAGAAUGCUCCCAGUACAUUGGCGAUGGCUGCUUUUAUGCCAUCCCCCUAAUUCACUUUAACUACCCAUCAGGUAGCAUGUACUGUAUACCCUGUUCUAAUUAUGACAAAAGUACUUAUGAGAAAUGCGCCUUUAAGGAGAAUUUUAUCAACCUCAAUUAUGGCAACAACUGCCUUGUGUGUAUCCCCGCUAGUGCACUUAACACCUGCCUCUGCAAUGUGAAUGGUAUAAACAGCUCCGCGCAAGAAAUCCUGGUGAAACAUCCGGAGGCCAUUUUGCAUUACCCGCAUGACCAGAAUUGUAUUUACAACAACGUAUGCACCAAUUGUGUCUAUCCCAAUGGGAAAAUCUUUAGCCUUUUUCAGAAAAGCUAUAUUUGCCCGUACUGCAAAUUAAGGAGACCGCCCAAGGAGGAGGAUCGCGGUGCUGGGUAUGGGAUUAAGGUGGCAUCCUGCGCCGGCCAGCAGGGCGGGUUCUCCGGACAGGCCAUGUCGAAUUUUACCAUCCUGGAUGGGGAUGAAGAUUGGGUCCGGGGGGAGGCCGCCUCUGGUGAGAAAUUACACAGUGAGGAGAAGCAGCACGAUGAGGAGAAGCCGCUCAAUGAGGAGAAACCACACGCUGGCAAAAAACCGCUUGAUGACAAGAAGCCAUAUGGCGGGGCAGAACCAGACCAGCCGCGGGACCCCAGCGAAGGGGAGCUGCCAAACCAAAGAGAUUUCCAAAAGACGUACAGGAUAGACGUGGUUACAAACGAGUACGACGAAGAAAGACAGGGAGCCCCCAAUCGGGUGGUGCCCCUAAGUAGCGAUUGCUUCGAUAAGGGCAACUUAAAGAGGAGAGAUGGGGCCCCCGAUGAGGAGGACGAGGAGGAGGAGGAAGAAGAAGAGGAGGAAGAGGAGGAGGCGAAAGAAGGGAAGAAAGGAAAGGAGACAGGUGGAGAGAAGGAGGGGGGGGAUGGACCAAAGGUGGGCGGAGCAGACGAGGAAAAUGGCGAGAAAGGCAGCGAAAAGGACGGUGAAAAGAAUGGCCAAAAGACCAUCCAGGGAGACGACGAAGGUGGAGUUAAAGGGAAGGAACAACCGUCGAGCAAGGAGGGAGACAACCAGAGGAACGACGCUGACCCGCGUAGGAACAACAAAGGAACGGCAAAAAAAGGGCCACAAAAGGAUGACGAAGCGGGGAAGAGGGACGUAAAACGAAAGGACAAAUCCGUCGUCACGGGUGAAGAUCUCGAAAUGGAAGAAGAGGACGAUGUCAUCCCAGAUGACGCCAGUAUUUACGAUUUUGGAGAAAUGCUGAAGAACGAUAAGCACAUGAACUAUUUUAAGGACCUGUAUUACAGCACUGUGCAUAACAAAGACAGCGAUGAGAACAAGAAGGAAGAAAAAAGCUUCCUCCUAAAUUUAAGGUUUUUAUAUAAGACCACAUUUUUUACUAGGAAAAAGACAGUUGUAAGUGCGUUUUUGAAAACACCUAAUUUGGACGUUACCUUCAACAAGGGGAAAAUCCUCUUGUUAUUCAAAAAUUUGUUCAGCAAAAUUUUUAAAGAUGUAGAUUAUAAAAUUAAGGAAUCGCUGGUGCAGAUGAUCCCGGUGGUGGAAAAUGAUGAAGAGGAGGAUGCAGAGCUAACUGGGUUUGACAUGGAUUUUGGAAAAGUCAAGUCGCACCAUGCUGGGUCGAUCAACAUGUUUAGGCAUUCCGUUUUUGACAUACACAAUAUGGCCAUUUAUUUUGUUGGGCCAGAUGAAAAGUACAUCCUGCUGGAGGACAUCAUUAGAGAGAUACACGAGGAAAGGGAGGGGGAACCCUCCGACGGGGUUGUGAGACGCUACCAAAAGGGGGACGCCCAGGAGGGGGAGACGUUCCCAAGGGAGGAAGCGGAGGAAGUGAACGAAGCGGAGGAAUCGAACGAAGCGGAGGAAGAGGAGGAGGAGGAGGAGGAGGCAAACGAGACGGGAGAAGAAGGGCCAAGCGAGGAGGCAGGCGAGGCUGAUGGCGGCGCCGGGCGGGGCGAGGACCCCGAUCAAGCGAGGCAUGCGGAGCAGGAGAAGGAGGCAGAACAGGGGAAAGAAGCAGAACAGGGGAAGGAAGCAGCACAGGCGAAGGAGGACCAGAAGGGGAGUUUUCAGAAAGGCGAAGCGGAGAAGGAGAAAGAAAAAGUGGACGAGCUGAAACUGAAAAAGGAAAAGCUGCAGCAGGAGGCGGACAAGUUGAUGCCCCUGCUUGGCGGGGAGACCCAAGGGGAAGAAGCAAAAUCGGCGGGCAGAUCGGCGGGCAGAUCGGCGGGCAGAUCGGCGGGCAGAUCGGCGGACAGGUCGACCGAUAAAUUAACGGACAAACCGACGGACAACCCGACGGAGGCCCCCCCCAGCGGAAAGGAAGCGGAAGGCGAAAGGGACCAAGAAGAGCGCAACGUAGACUUUUUGAAAAUCCUGUCGAAUUACGGAAGUCUGCUCUCCAAGGAGGACAUAAGCGUGAUCAAAGAUAACUUGAGCAACCUGGUCGUGGACAAGAGGAUAAUAAACGGAGGAGAAGUCAUCGAAAUUAUUAUAAAGAAGGAAGAGCCCACGCAGGAGAAGGAAGAGGCGGACGAGAGUACCGAUAAGUACGAAUCCAUUUCCAUUGACGGAGAUGAAGGAGUAGACGCGAUUAACGAAACGGUGAAGAAGUACAUGGAAAAAUAUUUCAGCGUGCACAAUAUACCAAUUUAUUACAUUGAAAAUGGGCACAUCUCGAAGAACACCAUCCACGUCACGUCAGACGUUAACUGCGAUUUGGAAAUGCUCAAGAUGAGCAUCCUAGGGAUUAGCAACAUUACAGAUAUGUCAAUAGAUCAGUUUAAUUUUUUCCUAGUCCCAAAGGAAGUAGACUUUUACAACCCAAGUAAAUUUCAGGAAAUUCCCCUCUCCAUUAGGAAUGUACAAGAUCUGUACAACUAUAGCAAAUCGAUAGGGAAAAAAAUCGUAAUAGCGUCGGUUGAUGAGAAAGACAUGGACAGUAUAAGACCCAAAAGUUUUGACUAUUUAUACGAGUCGAAUAGAGACGGUGAGGGGUUCCCCCCUGGAGAGGACGAGUUUGUGCAAGCGCUCGCGGAAUCUGAGGUGACCGAUGAAGAGGCGUCCCAAAAGAGCGACGAGGAGGCAUCCCAAAAGAGCGACGAGGAGGCAUCCCAAAAGAGCGACGAGGAGGCAUCCCAAAAGAGCGACGAGGAGGCAUCCCAAAAGAGCGACGAGGAGGCAUCCCAAAAGAGCGACGAGGAGGCAUCCCAAAAGAGCGACGACCAGGCAACCCAGCUGGGCGAAAACACCCCAUCUGGGGGGAUCAAAAUGAUGCUGAACAAGUCGAGCAAGAAAAAGGUGCCGGAUGAAAAACCCCCACAACGAAGUGAAAACGAAAUCGAGUACAUAAACAAAGAAAUAACCAUUUUGGAAGAUGAAGAGUUAUACGGAAAUGGAAGUUAUUACAACUUUUUUGAAAUCUACUUGGACAACCCGAGUAGAAAAGUGAACAUUUACAACGCACCGAUACAGAAAGCGUACACCUUAAAUCUAUUCGCAGUAGAUAUUAUGAACAAAAUAGUGCACGUGCCGUCUACAUUUAUAAAUACUAACUCGUAUAAGAAAGGCAUGUCCAUCCUGGAUAUAUACACUUGCCUAGAUUACUUCUCCUUUAAUAGAAAGACAAACGUGAUUAGCUCCAUCAUUUACGACAAAUCGCUCACCUUAUAUGAAAUUUUAAAGCACCUGAACGAGAAGGAGGAGCAUCUACUCAUUCGAAAUAAGAGGACAGAAGACUGUGCAGAUGUGGACAAUUUAAAAAAUGUAAAAAUCCCACAGUCUAUCAAUUUGAAGGAUUCCAAAAUUAUACACCUGGAAAUUCCCAUUUUUUACCUGGACGAUCAGUCAUACUUUUAUCAUGACAGGGUGACUCUGAUGAAUGUGCCGGAAAGUUUGACCGCUCUGGAGUUGUGCAAUUUGGUGAAGAACAUAAUCAACGCAAAGUUGAUUUCCUUCAACUUGAAUACACUUAAGGAUUUACAAAUUUUUACCAUUCGGGAGAAGAAGUGGGAAAAUGUGGAUGACCACUUACCCGUCAGUGAGUUAAAAAUGAACCACAAUGAUUUGUACACCAUAUUCAUUAAAAAUAAAUUUCUCACGAAAAAUAACUUCCAAUCUUUAGCUAACUUAGAAAUCGAUUUAGCCGAUAGCAACAUCUACGUAAAGAAGCUGGACAUUUACAUCAACUAUAAUUUUGGCCCCUACAGCCUGCACAACUUGUCUCUAUACAUUGGCGCCAACAAUUUGAAGCACCUGAUUUUGAGGAAUACCAAUGCCUUCAUAUCGGACUCCUUCUUGCGCGAGUUUUUCUUUGUGUACAGCAGGAGGCACCCCGUGGGGGGUGCUUGCCAGGCGGUGCGCGCCGAACCGGGUAGCGGUGAGUUGAGCGGCGAGCUGAGCGGCGCUCAAAUGGGCGGUGACCAACUGAGCUGCGGUAAACUGGGCGGAAGCCAACUGAGCGGGGGGGAAGACCCCGAAGUGUACAUCGAAGACGAGGAAGAGCCCAAGGGGGGGGGCAAAAAAAUCGCCUUCCUCUUCCUCCUCAACAUGCUGAGCAGGUUCUACAAGAUAAAAUUCAGUGCGAGCAGAAUGAUGGAGACCGUCCUGGCGUCGCUGUUCGAGCUGAGCGGAAAGGACUCAAACGAAAACCCACUACUGGAGGUGAAAAAAUCGUCCAAGAAAACCAAAAAUUUGGAACUGUACCUAGGGGACAACUCCAAAAAGAUAUCAGUAAAGAAUGUGCCCCUCGCAUUAUUGGUGUGGAAAUUCAUCAAUAUCCUGAUGAGGGGAUCCUUCAACAUCCCCGUGGAGGAGAAAGAAAAGCUGUACAAUUUAUUUGUAAUCGUUCCGAGGGAUAAGGACAGGGUGAGGAAUCACGACUACUACUUUAGCUCCACCCCUGGGUACACCAUAGAAGAAGUGGUAAAAAUUAUAGAAAAGGAUAACCUCCUCUUGAUGAAGGCAUACCCAGAUCAUCUUAACCACAUUCGGAACAGCGAGCAUUUCGACUCUUAUAUGAUGUUCCCCCUCGAUUCGCUACCCUCCGUAAUCGACUUUAACAACCCCGUUGGGUCUCUUAGCUUUUACGUGAACUACAAAAAUGAAAAAAAAAUUACACAUAUUAUUAACGUGCCAGAGAAGAUAACCACAGAUAAGCUGCUCAAGUCUAUACUGCUGGACAUGUACUCCAAAUGGCAGAAGUUGCCAAAGGAUGAGAAGAUCAAAUUUUCGCUCUACGUGGAUAAUGACGAAAUAACGGAUGUGAAGAAGUACAUCAAUUCUGGGCAGGGCGCCCAGUUACGCACCUUCAUUUCAUUGGGGAAAAAAAAUAAUGAACACAAACGGUCCAAAAAGAACUACGUCGACUUGGACAACAUAUCGGAGGUAGAUUCGAUUAACUUCUCCGAUGCGGAAUUGAAGACGGCUCAGCUGUACGAUAACGUCUUGAGGGAGAUCCUCGUGAAGGACUACAUCGACUAUAAUAACAUCUCCGUGAGUGGGUACACCCUCUCGAUAUACGUCUAUGACGGGGUGGCCUACAAACCGGUGGUCAUUUUUAACGUCCCCCUGAGCGCAACGAACAAGGACAUCAUCAACUUCCUCCUCAUAAAGGCGAAUCAUAUUAACACGAAAAAGUUGGUUGACGAAUUUUUGCUGCUCAACGAGGAGUCCUUCAUUUUGAUGAAGACAAAAACUAUCGUGGAGCAGAACGUCGUUUUUAUAGGGGAACUCACAGAGCUUAUCAAUUUGGACCGAACCAAACUGUACAUUGUGCACAAACCGCUAUUCACCCCCCUAGAUGAUGUAUUCAAAAAUGUGGCCGGCAGAAAGUACGACUUUAAGUCUGAAAAGAACACCGUGCUGAACGUGAGUGAGGAAAAGGGGACUCUCACCUUCAACCUCAUGUUUAACAAAAAUAAGAAGAGAGUUCUAACCGUUGUGAACAUUGCACACAGCAUGUACAUCACGGAGUUUCUACGAUUUGCCAUUGGCUACCAACGAAAGUGGAUCUACAAAUACGUGAACUUUUACCUCAUUAAGGGAAGCGAAAAGUACGUCUUAAAUGACUACAGGGAUGUCAUACGGUACGGAAGAACCAUCAGCGAAAUUUUCAAAAUGUGCAAAUCUGGAGACCCAUGCACGCUGCACAUUGAGAUUAUGGCGCAUGACUCAACCAACAAGGUGAAGAAGCCAAACCAGGAGGGCAAAGAAAAAGGAAGCGUAGUCAUAAAGGAGUUAAGGAGAAAACUCGUGGCGGACGAAAUUGACAAUAAAAAGUUGGACCUCUCCGUGGUCUGCUUCGAGUACAACGCGGGACUUUACGAGAAGCACAUUUUUGGCGCCUCACGAAUUUGUAACAUCCCGAAGAAUUACACCGUGGCGGAUGUGCUGACACACGUCAAGACCAAGUUGAAAGAAGAAACGAAGAUGAAAAAUGUAGACGAUCUGGAACUUCGAAUUAUAUUUAACGAAUCGUAUGUAACCAUACCCAAGGAGCUGAACAUGGAAUAUGUGAUUAAUUACUACUUCGCGGAUGCCCCCUCCAUCGUCUCCAUUUCGGAAAAGGAGGAAUUUUUAAACCUCAUACAUCUGACCCUGCAUGAUACCGUUAUGGAUAUAAAGAAUGACACCUUUGUGAAGAGGAGCAUACCCUUGUACAUAAAAAAGGGAAGGCACUUACAAAAUGUGAAGCUGAAAAAUAUCCCCUUCGGCAUUACGGAGGACAGCUUGGUAACCUACCUGCUAAAUUAUUUAACAAAAAAUUCGGAAGUGAUUAAAUUUAUGAAGGACAACACGUCCGUGUGCAUCUACCCGAACUGCGACUCUGUGUAUGUGCACUUGGAGAAGAAGCAGCUCUCCUUCGUAGCAUCUUUGUCGUACCACAUCGCCAUGAAGAAGAUCAUCUACCUGUCCACAGUGGAGUCGCAUGAGAACUUCUACAGCCAAAUGAGCCACUUCGAAUUCAACUUUGAAAAGUCUCAAUAUUGUAGCGAAACCAAGGCGGACAGAAGCAGCAGCAGCAAGGCCAGCAAGAAGAAGAAUAACUCAGAUGUGCUGAUGAACAUCGACGUGAAUAUUCACUUCCCAAAUGUACAUAGAACCGUUCGAGUGAAAAAUUUCAACAUGAAUAUGGAAAUAGAUGACCUGUUGAGCAAAACGUUUCAGUCUAUAACGACGAAGAGCUACAAGUGGAAGGACCUGUUCACCUUUGUCGGCAGCACGUCCAAGUAUAACAACCAUAAUGGUAAGGGGAAAGCCAAGCUAGAGGGGAAGAACCACCUGGAAGAUAAGAAGGCCAAGACGUUUAAGGACUACCUGAAUGAAGAGGGAAACAUCACCUUCAUCUUUAAGUCGGAACAUAGUGCGAUACACGAUUAUUUAAUUUCCAGAGUUAUCUACCUACCCGCUAUGAUAAACUACCAGACAAAAUACAUCUCUCUGAAAACGAGCAUUAGCGGCUUUCACAACAAUUCCACGACGCUGUAUGGGUUCCCAAGUUACUUAACCCCCGCAUUUACACUCACCAUAGUGCAGUACAAUUUUUUCAAAUUGCUUGGGAAGACCUAUUUGGACCUCUUCGGGUGCUCCUACGAAGAUCGGUUUAACGAAGAGGAUCUGUAUGAGCAUACGCACAUGGCGCUGAAAAAGAGCAACCCCAUUUUGAGUGAUUCCCUCAAGGGAGAAAGCAAAAAGGAAAAAAUGAGGCUUAUCAUGAGGGUCAGAAAAAAAGACGGCAAAUACAUCGACACGAUUAAAGAUCUGACGACCUCAGAAUUGAACAUAGAAUGUCAGAAGUUAGAAAAUGAAGAAGACAUGGAGGAGUGUACCGACAUGAUAUCCGCUCUCAACACGUCAUCCAUAUUCUGGAGGAGUGGCGUCUUAGGCUUUAUGGCCAACUCGGUGGUCAUCCGAGAUAACUACAACAACACGUUGAUGUUGCCAUACAUCGAUUUCAGAGUGAAUGAAAAAAUUCUUCUCCAAAAUAUUCUGUGCCAUAUUAACUUGUCGCCCUAUCUGUAUAAGCUCUUCGAAUUGACCCACAUCGACAAAAAAGGAAUCAGUUUUAAGAAAGGGUUGAAGAAUAGCGUGCCACACAUUCAGUGCUUGCUAUCCUACGGCUUUAGCAUUUACUUUGACCUUCACCAUAAUAAUAAGCUGGAUAAUUACUAUGGGUUCCAAAUGGGGGGAGUAGAAUCUUUUGAUAUAACCCAAGUACAUUCCUUCCAAAAUUUGCAUGAACAACAUUUCGUGGAGUUCUUUCUUCACAAUUCGGAUGGCUCACAUGUGUUUGUGAAGAACGUUUACAGAGACAUGACUGUCUCCACGCUCAUCAAUGAGCUGUCCAAGGCGAGACACCACAUCCACGGCGUGAGGUACAACGAGGUGUCCUCCUUUUACAAGCUCAUAUACAUCCUCGACGAAAAGGACGUUUUCGAAAUCAGGCCGGAGGCCUCCAUCGAAGACGUGUACGACAUUGUGCUGAGGUACUCCAAGUCGAACUUUGUCCUCAAGGUGGUGAAGAAGGCCGGCCAGGGGGGCAGCCCCAGUGCGGAAAGUGAUGCUAGCGGUGGGAGCGGCGGAAGCGAACGCGGUGGUGACGGUCGCGGUGGCAGUGCUGAUCGCAGCGCGGAGAGCGACAUGCCCGAGAUGCACCUGAGCACCUACCCCGCCAUCGUCGACCUGAGCCAAAACAACUUCCAAGUCAUCAUGUACCUGCAGCUGAAGCCACUGGAGAACAACAACCUCUUCAGAGACCCAACCGCCCCCAAAAUUAUUAUCAACAACGUCCCCUCCAGCACCUUCAUCGUUUCCAUCAAGGAGUACCUCCUCAUCUUAUUUAAGGACUACUUUGAGCGACUAGAACUUUCUCAAAAUUUCCACACCAAGUUUUACGAAUUUGAAAUCAACCUAGUAAUCGUCAGCUCGAAUCCAGUCACCAAAAAGAUACAGGAGCUGAACGCGAACAUUCUCAGCAACCUCACCGUGUCCAACUUUUACAGCGUCUACUACAACGCCGGUUUGGUUCUGCAGCUGGACAAGGUCAAAAUUUUCAAGCCCAACUUUUACAACGACUUUAUAAACCACUUUUCCUCCGUCGUCAUCGACUUUUCUUACCAGUCGCUUCAGAAGAGCUGA